AUGCCAGAACAAUCACCUCAAGCUAACAACAAACUUGUUCCUGGAUACCUUCCACUCGAAAUCGUAUCUAUGAUUGUAAAAUACUUUGCUGCCCAAUUGGAGAUUAUUCCCUCGGAUCCGAUGAAUAGUGCCGACGAACCGUUCAUGUACCUUCCUGAAACCAAAAAACUCCUCAAUUUGCGCUUGGUUUCUAAAAUUUGGGCCCAUGUUGUUAUUCCUAUCGCAUUCCAUUCAAUUCGUUUGAUCUCACCACACAGUGUCGACUGUUUACGUAACAACCAGCAAGAUUCCAUCCUCUACUCAACAUUUUCUCCUGUUAAGCGGAUGUGUAUUGAAAACUUAUUCUGGGAGAAAUCACAUUGGUUGAACUCCGAUGGAGAACUCGACGAAGAAAAAGAACUAAAAACCCUGGAUCCGCAGUUCCCUUUGGUUUUGAGGGUGUCGGAUGUUAUUGAAUUGUUCGGGAUAAAGUUGACUGAGUUGAAAUUGAAGUUUCCCGCAAGGAUAGGAAUUGAUUCGGACAUGAUGUGCGCUAUCAAACAAAUCAAAUGUCUUAAAAAAUUAAAUAUUCACAGUGAGGAAUUGCCAGAAGGAAGCUAUGCUGACCCAAAAUCAUUAGCUGAACUACUAAACGCCACUCCGAACCUGGAAUCAUUAUCAAUUUACUUUCCUCAUCUCGAAGUUUUACAAUUAGAACCCCAAGCUCUAUCAAAAUUGAGACACUUGUGGUUUUGGUACUCUCCGCGCAACAUAAAGGGCCUCCAUCAUCUCAUCAAAGCUGCAAAAGAUAGUUUAAAAGUGAUCGAAUAUCUAGCAUACCACAGACAGGAAGACCCAGGAAAGGCGAUCAAACCAAUGCACAAAACUCUUGAAAGCCUCUUCAUAGAUAUAAUUCCGGACCACAUUCCAGAUGUUAUCAGUAAUACCACAUUUCCGAGACUCCGUGUUAUGAGAAGUAUUGAAUGGCCUUUGAAAGAUUUUGAUCUUACUUGGAUCCUAUGGCCAAUAUUUUUUCACGUUCGAACUUUGGUUACCAGCUUUGAAUGUGGAAGGCCAUAUUGGAGGUCGGCCUUGGAAAAUCUAGGUGAAGAUGAUCUAACCAGAUCACCUAAUUUGAAACACAUCGUUUUCACAUCGCACCCGGAUGACGUCAUACAACAGGAUGAAGCAUUGGCAGAAGAUUUGAGAAUUCACGGGAUAUAUUGUCAUUUCAUGCCUCAGAUGAAUUAUGAAAGAAUCUUGGAAUUGGACCUCGACCUUAAUGGGCCAAUGGAAUCUAGUUACCAAGAUGAGAACUUUAUAGAUGCUGUAGAAGUUGAAGAGCCCGAAGUUCAGUUUUGA